AUGGCUGCUACUUCCGCCCCCAAAUCCGUCCAUGAUUUCACCGUCAAGGAUGCUAAGGGAAAUGAUGUUGAUCUAAGUACUUACAAGGGGAAGGUUCUCUUGAUUGUCAACGUUGCUUCUCAGUGUGGCUUGACCAAUUCGAACUAUACGGAGCUUGCGCAGCUCUAUCAGAAGUACAAAGAUCAUGGGUUUGAGAUCCUUGCAUUCCCCUGUAACCAGUUUGGGAAUCAAGAACCUGGUUCUAAUGAGGAGAUUGUUCAGUUUGCUUGUACCCGUUUCAAGGCUGAGUACCCUAUAUUCGACAAGGUUGAUGUGAACGGUGAUAAGGCUGCUCCAGUCUACAAGUUUCUGAAAUCAAGCAAAGGCGGGCUUUUUGGAGACGGCAUCAAGUGGAACUUCUCCAAGUUCUUGGUUGACAAAGAUGGACAUGUCGUUGAUCGUUACGCUCCAACAACUUCUCCUCUCAGCAUCGAGAAGGACCUGAAGAAACUGUUGGGAGUUAGUGCUUAAGCACAACUAAAAGGGCAUUAGUAGUCAAAUAAAAGUUCAUAUACUGUAUUACCAAUAACUCUAAUAAGCUCUCUCUAAGUUGUGUCCUCGAGUGUCUUUCUUUGGUCACCGAUACUCUGUGAUAUCUAGAACUAAAUAUCUAUUUCCCUUUGCUACAUUCUCGUAUUUCCGAACAUUCUCAUUUUUCCAAAAUUCAUGGGAAGGACACUAGAGACGACGAAGGCUGUGGAAUUCUCACCCAGGCCCCGAUAUGGUCAGACCCGUAAACUCGUCAAUGCCGUCACAAUUCCAAUUCAAGUAUUAAGUUGAAUUUUAAAAUCUGUCAAUUAUAGACCUAUGUAGCUGGUAAAACCUUCAAAAUAUAAUAGUAAAGCCCACAUAGAUCAGCUAUUAAAAUCCAAAACAUUGGACGAGUGUGUGAGAGAGUAGAAGAGUGAAGUUAAUUAUUAUUUUAUGUAAGCAUAUUACUAAAUGAUUUUUAUUUUUCGUACUUAUACACAAAUAUAAAUGUUUCUAGAUAAAUAUAGUAUAAAAUUAUUAAUAUUUUAAUUUUGUUUUCAGUUAUUUUAUAAAUUAUAUGCAUGAUUUAUUUUAAAUAAAUUUAUUUAUUAUUUUAAUUAAACAUAUAGUUUGGAUAUAUAAGAACAUCUUUAAGGGUAGGUUAUUAACACACUUUUUAAGAUUAAAAAAAAAAUGAAAAUUUAGGAAAGAAAAAUAGUUCUUAAACAGGCACCAUGAAAAAACCAUGAUGAUAUUCACGCACAUAUGUUACCUUUUAUUGGUUUAAUUUUAUAAAAUAAUAUAAAACCUAAAUAUACAAAUAUAA